UUCGCUUUUAAAGAAAGUUUAUAUCGAGCAUAAAUGGAUCAAGAUAAUGUUACGAGUUGCCAAGAUAAAUCUAAUAUAAUCGAAAGACCUAGAUUGAUUGAAGAUAAACCACGACCCUCUUGGUAUAUUCCUUUAUCAUCCAAACAACUAUCAGCUUUCUACGAGCUUCUUAUUUAUUUGGACAACGGAAAUAGCGAUCCAAGAGUAAUUAUAAGAAAAUUGAGAGACGUUCCAGGACUGAAAGUUGACUAUGGAACUCUUCUGCAAUCCUUGAGAAGGAGUAGAAAUGAGCGUUAUAAAUACAUCGACUUCGAUAGAUUACUAUGGAGUAUUGGCAUUUUCUCCUAUUACGAUUUCCCUCUAGCAUUAGCGUCUAAGAGUGCUAAACUAUUAGCUUCUUCGAUAGCGACAUUUGCCAUUCGAGGUUUACUAGAAGAGAGUAGAGACAAAAAUAAUAGUUCAAAAUUAAAUAUCUCAGAAAAAGUAACCGUCAGAGACCUUCGAAGAUUAGCCCUUUCAGGCAGAAUAGCGUCUAAAUUGCCAAAUCUAGACUGCUUUGUUGAUCUUAUGAAGGAAAUUGCUUUGGGCAAUAAUCUAUUUUACAGCAGUAAAAAAACAAGAAAUUUAACCACAUCUCUCACCGAAAAUAGCUGUAAUUGCAAUAAUCGCUUACCAAUAAUAGACGUUUCUAAAUUAUCUUUAGCCUAUCGUAGUAGGCCUCCAACUUUUGCGAAAUAUAUUCCACUAGAGAAAUGUCCUGUGAAGAGAUAUCCUCAGCCAAAAUUUAUGAAUUAUGAAUACUUUAAGGCAAAGUUGUUAAAACAGAUGAAAAGAAAAAUAGAUCGGUAUUAUACCGAUUUAAAGAAUGCAAAUAUAAAGAUAAGACCAAAAUUAUUUAAAUGGAUUGUAGAGAAUAGAAUGGGUUCGAAUGCAAAUUGGGAUAACAUCAAUGAAUUAGCUCAUAUCUUUAACAUCUAUUUCCCUAAUAAAAAAAGUGAUAUGUUUGUUCAAUAUCCACCAGAUAAUCAAUACGGUAGAGUUCUUCAAGCAAAACUGAAGGCUGUUAGAAGAGAAAAAAGAGUAUAUUUUUGA